GUUCAUAGAAUCUAGAUCUACAACUAGACAUUAUGGCGAGUGGUAUAUCAGUAACUGCGCGUUUCGGCGGAGCGCUCUGUCUGCUCACGAAACUCCGAAGCUUGAACGAGGAGCACACUUUCUGUGAGGACAAUGAUAAGAAAGAGAGCAAGAACAUCAAGGGUAUUCUUCGGAGGAUGGGAAGAACGUCAAGUAGAAUAUCAAUUGACCGGAGGCGACAAACUACUAGCAGUAGAAUCAGAAGUAGACCACUCGUGUUUUGCGAAGCACAAAGACGCCGUUUCCACUGUAAGGAAGCUGUUGAAAUACUACAGGUACCAGGAGGAGGAGGACCACCUCGAGAACUACUAGGAGCUGGAGCACCUAACCGUCUGUCGUCAAUUUCAAGAACAUUACUGCCACAGAUAUGUCAGAUUUACGACGGCGCAAGAUUUUUAGGGACUGGGUUUCUAUACAAGGAAAAGUACGUGAUAACAGCAGGACAUCUGUUUGACAACAUCACUAAGCCGGGUAGAGGUGAGUCUGAAUUGCGAAGAUCUCUAUCUCUGCAUUUUCCUGAUCCAGUUAGCCGACAGCGAAAAGCGGUACACGCAGGUACAUUGUUGGGCCUAGAAAAAGCCGCUGAUGUUGCAGUUAUUAGCCUUUCAACGCCUACAACUAGUACUAGAACUAUACAGAAACUACAAGGUCAACGUCAGCGGGAUGCAGCUAGUACUGUAGCACAAGUAGAUAAAGAUGGUCAACUUCAACACAGCACAGCAAUUACAUCAUCCUACCUUAUCGGAAACUCACGUCCAGCUAUGGGAGAUUUUGUUUUUUCCAUAGGAUCUCUGCAGUACGGAAGCGAACCAAUUUUAGUUCAGGGAAGUUGUGUGCAGCCUUAUCAGAGUUUCUCCGCGGAUAUCACUACCGCAGGAGCAGGCGCUUCAUCAUCUCAAGUAGCGGAAGAGGAAGCGAAACCCUCAUUAGGAAACAACAUGCUAGAGAAAAUGACUCAGUUGUUCUUUAACAACAACAGCACGACAACCUCAACUUCAGGUAGUUCUUCGAAUCAGGUCAGUGAAUCCGGUCAGGCAGCACAAACAGGAACGCCAAGAUUCUUACAGCUCAGUCUGGAGACGACCUCAGGAAUGUCCGGGAGCCCAGUGUUUAGCCGCGAUGGCGCUCUUUGUGUUAAGGCAGCUGAUCGUGUGAUCGGAACUAGUGGUCCUUCAUAAGACACACUAGAUGCGGUAGAUAGGCAUAGGUACGUGCACUAAUGCAAGGAUUUUGUUGGCAGCAGCCACAAUAUGUUCACAACCAAAUAAGUGCUGUGAUCGCCCAUUUUGUCAUUAUCGUUUGUCUUCCCUCGACGACUGUUCUUACUCUAAUGUCCGCAUGCUAGUGAAACGUUUCCUGGAUUUUGGCCUUGCUCUGCCUGCCGAUUUCCUCUGCCCGGUUGCAGACCGCAUAAUUCGCAAGGAUAACAAGGAUCAGUACUAUAAGAAGUCACUGGGUAUGGUUGUUGAACCUUGUUGGGUUGAAGUUGAUGAUAAGGCUGCGGGGAAUUUUAGAGGGGAUGACCUCAGCAGGGACGAAAGAGCAGCAGGAGGUGGUCAACAUUUGGCAGUAGAUGAAACGAAGGAGGAACAGACAACGAAGAACUACGUCAAAGAAGCGGAGCGAGGCAAUCAUGAUAUUGAACACCAGACAACGACGACGACAAGCAGGACAACAUCUAAUGAAGAUCGAGUAGAGAUAUCCUCGUCCCCCCAUUCGAUUUAUUCGAAUUCCGAUGAAGGGGCUGGACACAAGAAUCAGAACCAUUUGAAAGUAGAUUCCGCUCUGAUGGUGACACAUAUCGAUCCUUACUCUGCUGCUUGUGAUGCUGGUGUUUCAGUGGGAGACAUUUUGGUGCGUCUCGACGGCGAGUCUCUGUUUUCUAUCUCUCAUCUCUGCGAGGCUUUAUGGCGUGGACUGCCCUUCAACGUUGAAACCAGAACAGGAAAAGUUUGUGUUUUUCAAACAAGAGAAAGCUCCUGACCGAUAGUCAUUAAAUUGUCGCAGUCUGAGGAGCACUUCUUAGCACAAGAACGUGG